CCACUCGCGCCUCCGAGACAAGAUGGCGGCCUUUCCCUCGGCCCUCGCCCGGGCCGGGCUGAGGAGGGCGCUGCUGGUCCUGCGAGGGGGCGGGCGGCCAAGGCGGCCCUGGGAGGCGGCCUUUAUGAGACAUACCUCAGGUGAACCCAAUUCUGCAGGCCUGAAGUACCCAGGGAUUGUUGAGUCUAGUGAAGAAUAUAAUUUUGUGGAGAGGCUGAUUCCUCCUACCACAGUACCUGUACCUCCAAAACACGACCAAUAUCCUACACCUUCUGGAUGGAGACCACCACAAGAUACACCUCCUGAUCUUCCCUACUUCGUACGGCGGUCGCGCAUGCACAAUGUACCCGUGUACAGAGAUUCUACCCACCACGGAAGCAGGAAGAUUACUAUUAUCAGGAAAAUUGAAGGUGAUAUCUGGGCACUAGAGAACGACGUGAAGGCCUUCAUCACAGAGUUGUCUGGACGAACACCAGCAACCCAAGUCAAUGAAACUACCUGUAGUAUCCAUGUCAAGGGCUAUUUUGACCAAGAAUUAAAAACAUGGUUAAUGGACAGAGGCUUUUAAAUAAAGGAUGGCAGAUGAGCGGCAA